AUGCGUAAAAACGCUGCAAAACAACAAAAAAUUAGUGACCCCAAGUUCAUUUCAUACGUCGCUCCUAAAGCCCCAAAGGAAGCUGUUAUUUCUACACCAGCUCUUUCGUCUUCUUCAACCUUAACUUCUGUCCCCACCAACUUAGAUUUAGAAAUUGUUCAAGAAGUUUUUGAUAAAUCAAAACUUUUAGACCCUGACGAAUAUCUCAAAGACAAUGAUAUGGAAGAAGACUUAAAAGAUUUCACAGUUGUUACCAAAGCUACUCCCUUUGCAGUUGCUAGUUAUAUCAAGUUUACACCCAAAGAAAAGAACAACAACAAAAUUAUUCUCGCUAUCAAUAAUGACUUUGCUCAAAAUGACGAUUUUCGAGGAGUUUCAGUUCAUCGCGUAAAUUUGACGCAUUCUGUAAUUGUCUAUUUUGCGAUGUCAGACGCUGCUACAGCAGCCUUACACGUGACUAUUCCUGAUCUCAAGAUCGACACAUUCUGUGACUUCUCCCAAUACAAAGCUAAUAUGCAAUUUAACAAAAGAACUAUUCAUGUCACCGAUAUUCCUCUACAAAUGAAGCCUGCUAAUAUCAAACAAGUUUUCGCCAAAUAUGGAUCUAUUACCGAUUUUAAAAUGACAGUAAGAGGCAUGUGA